GGAGGUACGAAUUUAUUAAUGGUUUGGUGUUUCCAUUCAAGACCGUACGCUUCUCUUACACUAGCUGUAGGGAACACCUUCAUUUUGUGUGGAAAUUUAAUGACGACGACAGCGAGACAUUUCUUCUACAAAAGAAUGAUGAAGUGAGUAAUGCCCUGAAAGCAGAUUUCCCGAAGUAUUUCACGAGGUCCAUGAGAAGAACAUUUCUGGACACUUUUGGCCGAGUCAGUGCAGUUAACCCAGCUCUUCUCAGGAACAUGUUCAAGACCUUGACUGGCGAUGUCUCCAGCGCGGCAAACACCCACGAAGCUGAGAUAGAUGCGAGAUUGGCACAGUUCAUUGAUGAUGAAGACGAGACUCUUGUAUGGGACCUGAGGGUGAACAAUGGUCGACCUGAAACUUACCUUCCUUUCCUUGAACGCUGUCAGCAGUACCUUGCUAGCUGUGUUGAAACUUCCGUCUCCGAUCGUAGGCAUGAUGAUGUCAUUGAAGGCGAGGUGGUUACCCACAUGGCCACUGCCUUGAAUGCAACCGAUUUUUAUGAUCAAGUGAUCAAGACCUGCCCCCCUGAUAUUGCUAUCCCUUCCCUACAAUGGCUUCGCUGGCAAUUCUGGCCAAGACGUCCAGGGUCUGCUGCUUCUAAGAGGUACACUGGUCGCAUUCGAGUUAAGUAUAUGAUCAUGGCGCGACAGAUGAGAGAGAACCACAUUGACCAGUAUUAUGCAUCAGCGAUGUUCAGAUACCAGAAAGAAUUCUGUGUCCGAUUCCAUAACUACACUUCCCUCAUAUGUCAGGAUGAUAAACACACUAUUAAAGUAGGCGAACCAGGACUACCAGUGUCUGCGGUUGAACGGGGCAAACAAGUUUUAGUUGCCAAAGAUCAGACAUUUGAAGUAGCAGAUCACGACUUUACGAAGUUUUCUCUCUCCCCAUCUGUCUCCUUCAAAGUUGAGAUCCCAGACAGUAUGAUGGGAAGUUUCUAUAGAGGUGUAGUCUACGUUGGCUUGAAGGAAAAUGCAUUUGAAGCAUCAUCCUGUCUGAGGCAUCUGGCUGAAUAUAGUGCUACUGUACCGCGUGACAACCCAAUUGAAUGUCAUUAUCACGAUGGAGGACCCGAUCACAACGUUCGCCACAUGCGCAACAAACUGGCGAACAUUGCCUACUUCUUAGACAGAAAUUUAGAUGCGCUCAGCAGUGUUCAAACUCCUCCUAAACACAGUUGGAAGAACCCAGCUGAGCGUUGUAUGUCUAUUCUGAACAUUGGACUCCAGGGGGUGGGGUUGAUGCGCCAGAAAACUGCUUCAUGUGAAGAUAAACUAAAAAAUGCUGGGAACCUUGGGGCCAUACGUAACCUAGAAUCUAUUUUGCCACAAAUCAGACAGGAGGUACUGGAUGCAGUCCAGCCAGUCAAAGAUCUGCUAGGUGAUGUUUUCUCACGUUUGAAGCUGAAGGAUGAACCACUGCGGCCUUUUCAAGCAGCGUCACGGGAUGAUAUCUCUGCUCUUGCUCAAACCCUUACCCGAAUAGACCCGGACUUUGAUGCAUCUGUGUUGACUGAUUCUAAAAAAACUGUGAAGCCUGGAAGAUUAAUACUGGAUUUCAUUAAGAAACAUUGUCUUGAAAGACAUUACAUGUUUAGCAUAAAGCGUUGUGGUGAUGCAGAUUGUGUUUGUGGCAAGCCCAGUCUGCCGGAGGAGAUCUUCCAUGACCUUCACCACCUUCCAGAUCCGACUGCAUCUCCAACAGAAGCCGACAAGUACAUGAAUUUCCAGGAGAUAUAUGGUAAAAAACACACAGAUGAAGAAUUGUUCCUGCCAUCCAAGAUUCACAGACGAGGUGAAAAGAAUCAUGGGAUGCCAUUUCCACCCAGUUCGCAAUAUGCAAAGAACACCAAAAGUGUCAUCCAGUGUGACGAAUGUCAGCGUUGGCGGUGUCUAUAUAGCAAGAAGGCUCUCAAAAGGGAUGAUCGUGACCAACUUCAGCGAGAGAUGGAUACACUUAUCUAUUCAUGUGGAACGUCAUUCAGUGAUCUUGAUGAAUUACCAGAUGACUCAGUUCUUAAUCGUGUGUUUAUGAGCAAGAAACUUACCUGCAUGUCGCCCAUGGAGAUCCCCUAUUAUGCCUCCUUUCCAGAAGAACCACUGUGUUUUGAAUGUGGCACAGAUGAUAAUUUGUGUGACUAUGAUGCCAAGAAGAACUAUCCGUUGUGUGAAGGGUGCAGGGCUGCUGGUAAAACAUUUAAUGAAAGACGAACCAAGGCGUUUGCAGCUCGGGAGACGGGGGGGACACUAUAAACUCUUCACAGAGAUAGAAUGAGGGACAACAAUUUUUCAUAAUUUUCAUACAUGUAUAGUCAUUUGAAAUAUGAAGUUGUUCCUUGAUAUUUAAAUCACAACAGUUUGAGACAUCGACAUUAAUACUACCUGAGACUAAAAUUAUUCCCAUGAAGUUUCUCUAGGCCUAGUCCAUCAUACUGUGCUGUGGUCUAGCCUACUUGUCUUGAUUGUUUUUGUGCCCACGGGGCCCACUUGUACUCUUUCUUUACUAUUCUAUUGUUAAUUCCAUGUUUGUGUUUGUGUUCGGAAAAA